CGCGCGAGCAGCCACACUGAUCCCAACACGUGCGGGACAAAAGUGGACGAAAACAUUAAAACAUGGGCGGUAAAAAGAAAGUGCAUCCCAAGACGCGCACGGCGGCCUUCAAGGCCAGCGAGCCGAGCGAGAUCGUGGAGGCGCCGCACUCCUUCGUCAUCCAUCGCGGCCUCGCCUGUCCAUACAUUACUGACCUCACCCUAGACUUCCGCCGCAUCAUGGAGCCCUUCACGGCCAGCAAUCUGCGCGAGAAGCGGAUGAACCGCAUCAAGGACUUUGUCAGCCUGAGCAGCUUCUUCCACGUCUCGCACAUGGGCAUCUUCAACAAGGCCUCCACGCAGCUAUCUUUUAAAGUGAUCCGCCUGCCGCGCGGUCCGUCCCUGACUUUUAAGGUUCACCAGUUCACCCUUGCCAGAGAUGUGAUCUCGCUAAGCAAAAAGCAGAUGAUUGACAACGAUCACUUCAAACACGCUCCGCUGGUCAUCAUGAACAACUUCAGCGGCGAUGGCAAGCACCUCAAGCUGAUGGCCACCACGUUCCAGAACAUGUUUCCCUCCAUCAACUUGGCCCAGGUCAAUAUUGGCACCAUUCGUCGCUGCGUCCUGUUCUCCUACAAUCCGGAAACGAAGCUGGUGGAGAUGCGACACUACUCCGUGCAGGUGGUGCCCGUGGGCUUGAAGCGAGCGGUACAAAAGAUCGUCAAGGGAACGGUGCCUAAUCUGGGCAAGUGCAACGAAGUCGUGGACUUUGUGACCAAGGACGGCUAUGCUUCUGAAUCAGAGGCCGAAGAUGAUGAACAGUCACACGUGGUCCUGGCACAAACUCUCAAGAGCAAGGGCAAUUUGGAGGACAACAAGAGCUCUAUUAAGCUACACGAGAUCGGACCUCGUCUUACCAUGCAGCUCAUCAAAAUAGAAGAGGGACUUCUGACAGGCGAAGUUCUUUAUCACGACCAUGUGGUGAAGACAGAGGACGAAAAGGAAACUCUGCGCAAGCUGGUCGAAAAGAAGCGAAAGCAGAAGGAGCAGCGCAAGAAGCAGCAGGCAGAGAACCGGGCUCGCAACUUGAAAAUUAAGAAGGAUGAAAAGUGGGCUGCCAAGAGGGCGGCGGAGGGACGAACUGAUAGUGACCCUGAGGAUGAUGCGGAGUACUACAAGGAGGAAGUCGGCGAGGAACCAGACGAAGAACUCUUCAAAAUGGAAGCAAAGUCCUCCCGAAAGCGGCCUAGUCUGGGCGGCGGAAUGAAAUACAAGAACAAGCGGGCUAAGCUGGAUACCAAGGACAAGAAGGAGAAACCUGACCGCAAGGACAAGUACGAUCGCAAGGACAAGUUCGAUCGUAAGGACAAGAAGGAAAAGUUCGACCCCAAGAACAGGAGAGCCAAGUUCGAUCCCAAGAACAAGCGCGCCAAGUUUGAUCACAAAAAAAGUAGAAAAUCAAAGUAGUACAUUUAAAAUAAGCUAUUUUAUAAAGACCGUUGGCUAGCCUGACAUCGAGAUGUUAUCAAUGGAAACUAACUAAACAUGCGCUGCACCACCUC